GAUCGCCAGUCAAGCGAAACAGCUAAAGCAAUGCGCGUUUUCAGUGGAAGCAUGGGGUCGCUGUUCUGUUUCCUCUUAGUGAUAUUUUCAGCGCUUUUGCUAGAAGUGCCUCUCGCUUCAGGCGAAGCAAAACACCAACUGAAACACGAUGUCACGGAUGCAUUUAAGAUGUUUGAGGCCUUGCCUUAUGGCAUUGCCGCGUUUGAUGUGGAUAACGAUGGAGAUCUGGACUGUGCGAUGGUGGUGCGGCAAGAUCUUGAUGAGAACACGAAGACUGCUACUUAUAUGAUGGUGUUGCCGUCCGUGAACGGACGCAAAGCAGAGAACCACACCUACCAUAUGAGUGAAGGAUUAACACCUGACAAGCCUUUCUUCACGAUGGAUGAUGGUGCUGAUGGUGAGCAAACGGCGAAUUUCAUAUAUACCAACUACAAGAAUUGCGCCGUAGUGGAUUUCCCGUUCAACAAGAGAGAAAGCUGCGGUCUAUGGGUCACCAAGGAUGCAAUACACAAUCUCCCGCAGGAAUGCCUUGACCAGUUUGAGGACAACUGCGACAUGGCGGUAGCGGUGUUCGACGACGAAACGUGCAAGGGCGUGUUGGACAACAUCUAACGCACUUCACAUGCAUGUGCAUUUUCUGGAGCGUUUGGUCAUUUGUACCGAACAAUAAAUUGCCCCGUCU